AUGUCUGGGAACAACUAUUCAUUGACAACAGAGUUCAUCCUGGUGGGAUUCUCAGAUCACCCUAACCUGAAGAUCCUUCUAUUCCUGGUAUUUUCUGUCAUCUAUCUGGUCACCAUGGUGGGGAAUCUUGGGUUGGUGGUCUUGAUCUACAUGGAACGCCGUCUUCACACACCCAUGUACAUCUUUCUGGGAAACCUGGCUCUCAUGGAUUCCUGCUGCUCCUGUGCUAUCACUCCCAAGAUGCUACAGAACUUCUUUUCUGUGGACAGAAAGAUGUCUCUCUAUGAAUGUAUGGUACAGUUUUCUUUUCUCUGUCUUGCUGAGACUACAGACAGCUUCCUUCUGGCAGCAAUGGCCUAUGACCGUUAUGUAGCCAUAUGUAACCCACUGAAGUACCACACCAUGAUGUCCAAGAAACUCUGCCUUCAGAUGACCAUAGGAUCCUACAUAGCAGGAACCCUGCAUCCUAUGGUUGAAGCGGGGCUUUUAUUAAGGUUAACUUUCUGUAGAUCACAUAUAAUCAAGCACUUUUUUUGUGAUAUCCUUCCAUUAUAUAGAAUAUCCUGUAUUGAUCCGCAUAUCAAUGAGUUGAUAUUAUUUAUUUUGGCAGGGUCAAUUUUAGUCUUUACUAUCACCAUAGUUCUUGUGUCUUAUUUUUAUAUACUUUUCACUAUAUUCACAAUGAAAUCUAAUGAGAGUAGAGGGAAAGCCUUAUCAACUUGUGCAUCCCACUUUCUGUCUGUAUCCAUAUUCUAUGGUUCUCUUCUCUUCCAGUAUGUUCAACCACAUUCAGUCACUGAAGGAGACAAAGAUAUACCUGUUGCUAUUUUCUAUACCCUAGUAAUUCCUUUAUUAAACCCUUUCAUUUACAGUCUGAGAAAUAAGGAAGUAAUAAAUGUGGUGAAAAGGAACAUGAAAAAGAGAUGA